UUAAGGGGCCCUGAACCAGGGAGCGGCGGAGUUUGAGAAGCCAGCAGCUCGGGGCUCGGCGGCAGCGGCCUCCUCGGCCGAAGUUGGGGGGGGUGGGGCGCCAAGCGCGCGGGGUGGGGGGGGUCCUGGUCUUUGGCUCCUCGACUCGGUCCUGUUUCGACAGCGAACAUGUCUCGGCCUGUCAGAAAUAGGAAGGUCGUUGAUUAUUCACAAUUUCAGGAAUCCGAUGAUGCUGAUGAAGAUUAUGGAAGAGAUUCAGGCCCUCCAGCUAAGAAAAUUCGAUCAUCUCCCCGAGAAGCUAAAAAUAAGAGGCGAUCUGGAAAGAAUUCACAGGAAGAUAGUGAGGACUCAGAAGAAAAAGAUGUGAAGACUAAGAAGGAUGAUUCUCAUUCAGCAGAGGACAGUGAAGAUGAAAAAGAAGAUCAUAAAAACGUGCGCCAGCAACGGCAGGCAGCCUCUAAAGCAGCCUCUAAACAGAGGGAGAUGCUCAUGGAAGAUGUGGGCAGUGAGGAGGAGCAAGAAGAGGAGGACGAGGCGCCAUUCCAGGAGAAAGAUUCCGGCAGUGAUGAGGAUUUCCUAGUAGAAGACGAUGAUGAUAGUGACUAUGGCAGUUCAAAAAAGAAAAACAAAAAGAUGGUUAAGAAGUCGAAGCCUGAGAGAAAAGAAAAGAAAAUGCCGAAGCCCAGGCUAAAGGCCACAGUGACGCCAAGUCCUGUGAAAGGCAAGGGGAAAGUGGGUCGCCCCACAGCUUCAAAGGCAUCAAAGGAAAAGACUCCUUCUCCCAAAGAAGAAGAUGAGGAACCAGAAAGCCCUCUGGAAAAGAAAACGUCUUCAAGCCCUCCGCCUGAGAAAUCUGGGGAUGAAGGGUCUGAAGAUGAAGCCCAGUCUGGGGAAGAUUAAAAGUGAUGAUGGUCUGGGGAGAGAUUUUAUUUAAAAAACAAAAAAAAAAAAAAAAAGAGAAAAAAAGAAAAAAAAGAGGGAAAAAAAAGAAAAGCUACUUAAGAUAGAAUAUGGUUUUGGCUAUGGCUUGACUCAUGGGCUUUCAAUGCUUUUUUCCCCUUUUGUUGAAAAUAACAUUUUCUUCUUUUCUUCUUCUUUUUCUUCUUUUUUUUUUUUUAAAGAAAAGCAUUGUAUGUUUAAUUUACCUUUUUUGUCUAUUGGUCUCUUCGUCAUGACCCCCUCUUCCCCCUCCUCCCCCUUUCCCAAUGAAAGCCAUGUUAAAUUAA